UCCACCAUUUUUAAAUAUAUAAAGUCGCAUUAUCGCAACAAAAGUUGUGCCAAUUCGUCUCAAGUACUGUACUUUUCUCCUUCUUAGGUAGUUUUUGAGCAUUUUGUUCAAUUCGUCAAUACAUAUAUAUGUACGUGUAUGCAUUUGCAGCAUUUACUAAAUAACGGAAGUGUUAACAUGACCCAUAAACAUUUUACAGCUGAUUCCAUUGAUUUUUCUGUGUCAUAUCCCGUUUAAUAUUAAAAUUACUCCAAUUGUAUUUUAUUCGUUGAAUAAAUAUAUAUUACUUAAUCAUUUUUAUCAAUUGCUUUGAUUUUUUUAAGUUAAAGGUGAGAAUAAGAAAUGCCUGUUUGUAAACAAGAUGAAACACUGAGAGCACUUGCUCUUCUUGAAGAUUAUCAAGCAAAGUUAUCUAGUGUUCCCAAUAGUGAUCUUCAAGUAGUUAUGCAGCUAGUAAUUGGGACUUUUAAAUCACGAUUGUUCCAAGCUCUAAUUGAUAUUCAAGAGUUUUAUGAAUUAGCUCUUCAAGAUGAAACUAAUUCGGUAACUGAUGAAGAAUUGUCAAUAGCCCAAAAAUUCAUUAUGGACCAAUUAGAUAAUAAAAUGAAAAUGAAUGAUAUUGAUUUGGAACCUUUAGAAACAGAAUGUCAGCAAGACUACAAAAAAAAACAGCUAGUAGACAUUAGUUGCCAGAUUAAUAGAUCAAUUGAACAUAAUGGCAACCAUUCUUUUGGGGAUGCAACUGAACAAGAAUCUAAUCUUGAAACAGAUGAUGAAAUGGAAAAUUGGGAAUAUGAUACAAUUAUUGUUGAACGUCGUUCUGGUGGUUUAGGUUUUAGUAUUGCGGGUGGUGUAGAUUCAGAAUCACUGGUUCUGGUAACUAGAGUUAGCCCAGAUAUCGGUGCGACUGGCCUUCGUGCUAAUGAUAUAAUUCUAAAAGUUAAUGAUAUUUCACUUGAAAAUGUACCACAUAAUUAUGCUGUGACAGCCUUAAAAAAUGCUGGUGAUGUUGUUACACUUUACUUAAAAAGACGUAAAAAGGAAUCUUAUGAUGAAUCUGAUAACUCGUAUUCAAUAAAAGAAAUUGGUCUGAAAAAGAUAGAUGGUGGAUUAGGGUUUACAAUAGCUGGUGGUGUAGGAAAUGUUCAUUUACCUGGAGAUAAUGGUGUAUAUGUUACAAAAAUUUUAGAAGGUGGGUCUGCUCAUAAUGAUGGACGCUUGCAAGUUGGUGAUAAAUUAAUUGCUGUUAAAAAUACUUUGAAGGGAAAUAUUAAUUUAGAAAAUGUAACUCAUGAAGAAGCAGUUGCAGCUCUUAAAGAUACUGGUGAAUUAGUGACAUUAGUAAUUAUUAAAAACUCACUUGAUCUUCACUAUAAAAAAGCAAAAUCUAAAAUAGAUUUAUCUUUAAAAUCUAGCCAUGAAAAUAUCUCAGUAUUACAUGAAAAAAUAGCAACCAUUCGUAGAUCUGAAGAAGGGUUAGGAUUUAACAUUGUUGGAGGUGAAGACAAAGAAGGAAUUUUUAUAUCAUAUAUAGCUCCAGGCAGUCCAGCAGAUCAAAAUGGUAUUUUAGAACCGGGUGAUCGUAUAUUAAGUGUUAAUGCUAUUGAUAUGGUAAAUGCUACUCAUGAUGAAGCAGCUAUUGCACUAAAAGGUGAUGGACCUAUAGUAACUAUUGUUGCACAACCACGACCAGAAGAAUAUCAUUUGCUUCAAAUAAAAUUGGCAGUAUUAAAAGAACAAAUGAUGAAGAAAGCCCUUGUAACCUCUAAUACCUUACCUAGACCAUCUAAAAAACAACAAUUUAUUGUCAGAGCACUAUAUGAUUAUGACCCAAACCGUGAUGAUGGCUUGCCAGGACGAGGAAUAUCUUUUACUUAUGGAAGUGUUUUAAAUGUUAUUAAUGCUAAUGAUGAUGAAUGGUGGCAAGCUAAAAAAUUGUUGCCUUUUGGUGAGGAAGAUCUUAUUGGCAUCAUACCAUCUAAGAAGCGUUGGGAACGUAAACAAAAAUUAAGAGAUCGUACUGUUAAAUUUCAAGGUCACGUUCCAGUUCUAAUUGACAAAACCACUACAUUAGAAAAAAAAAAGAAAAAUUUUACUCUAAGUCGUAUGUUUCCAUUCAUGCGGAGUAAAGUAGACCGUUUAGAGUGUACUGGUUCAGAUCAAGACCAUUAUAUGCUCUGUUACACCCAUGAAGAUCCUACAUCUGAUGGUAUUAAUUUAAGCAGCAUAAGUGUUAUUGAAUUACUUGUUGAAGAACCAUCCUUACCUUAUGAAUCUGUUGUAAAGAAAUCUAUUACCUACAGUCGUCCUGUUAUUAUCGUUGGAAUAUAUAAGGAUAGAAUAAAUGAUAAUCUGAUAUCAGAAUAUCCAGAUGAGUUCGGAUCAUGUGUACCUCAUACUUCAAGAGAAAUUAGACCUGGAGAAGUUGAUGGUGUGCAUUAUCAUUUUAUUAAAUCAAGAGAACAAAUGGAACGUGAUAUUAAAAAUCAUUUAUUUAUCGAAGCUGGUCAAUUUAAUGAUAAUUUAUAUGGAACAUCUCUUGCUUCAGUUCAAGAAGUGGCUGAACAAGGAAAACAUUGCAUCCUUGAUGUGAGUUCUAAUGCAAUAAAAAGAUUACAAACUGCAAAUCUGCAUCCUAUCACUAUUUUUAUUAAAGCACCAUCAUUGGAUUUCAUAAUGAGAAUUAGUGAUAAAAUGACAGAAGAACGAGCAAAAAAAAUUUAUGAUCAAGAAAUAAAAGUUGAGCAAGAUUACAGUGAAUACUUAACAGCAAUUGUGAAGGGUGAUUCAUUUGAAGACUUAUUUAAAAAAGUAAAAGAAGUUAUUGAUAUGCAUGCUGGCCCAGAAGUGUGGUUACCAAAUAAAGAUCAUAUAAUUUAAUGAUAUUUUUUUUU